ACGUACUAAAAUAUAUACAAUAUGUCGGAAAAAGUUGAAACCCACGAGUUCACUGCUGAGAUCUCUCAGUUGAUGUCUCUUAUCAUCAACACUGUUUACUCCAACAAGGAAAUUUUCUUGAGAGAAUUGAUUUCUAACGCUUCUGAUGCUUUGGACAAGAUCCGUUACGAAGCUCUUGCUGACCCAUCCAAGUUGGACACUGAACCAGAAUUAUUCAUCAGAAUCACCCCACACCCAGAAGGUAAGAUUCUUGAACUUAGAGAUUCCGGUAUUGGUAUGACCAAGGCUGACUUGGUCAACAACUUGGGUACUAUUGCCAAGUCUGGUACCAAGGCUUUUAUGGAAGCCUUGUCCGCCGGUGCCGAUGUUUCCAUGAUUGGUCAAUUCGGUGUUGGUUUCUACUCUUUGUUCCUUGUUGCUGACCACGUUCAAGUCAUCUCCAAGCACAACGAUGACGAACAAUACAUUUGGGAAUCUAACGCUGGUGGUAAGUUUACCAUCACUUUGGAUGAAACCAACCCAAAGAUUGGUCGUGGUACCAUCUUGAGACUUUUCCUUAAGGAAGAUCAAUUGGAAUACUUGGAAGAAAAGAGAAUUAAGGAAGUUGUCAAGAGACACUCUGAAUUCGUUUCUUACCCAGUUCAAUUGGUUGUUACCAAGGAAGUUGAAAAGGAAGUUCCAGUUGAAGAAGAAGAAACCACCGAAGAAGGUGAAGACAAGAAGCCAAAGUUGGAAGAAGUUGAAGAUGAAGAAGGUGAAAAGAAGGAAAAGACCAAGAAGGUUACCGAAACUGUCACUGAAACUGAAGAAUUGAACAAGACCAAGCCUUUGUGGACCAGAAACCCAUCUGAAGUCACCAAGGAUGAAUACAAUGCUUUCUACAAGUCUAUUUCUAACGAUUGGGAAGACCCAUUGGCUGUCAAGCACUUUUCCGUUGAAGGUCAAUUGGAAUUCAGAGCCAUUCUCUUUGUUCCACAAAGAGCUCCAUUCGAUGCUUUCGAAUCCAAGAAGAAGAAGAACAACAUCAAGUUGUACGUUAGACGUGUUUUCAUCACUGACGAUGCCGAAGAUUUGAUUCCAGAAUGGUUAUCUUUCGUUAGAGGUGUUGUUGACUCUGAAGACUUGCCAUUGAACUUGUCCAGAGAAAUGUUGCAACAAAACAAGAUUUUGAAGGUUAUCAAGAAGAACAUCAUUAAGAAGAUUAUUGAAACUUUCAAUGAAAUUGCUGAAGAUGCUGAACAAUUCGAAAAGUUCUACACUGCCUUCUCCAAGAACAUCAAGUUGGGUGUCCAUGAAGAUCAACAAAACAGAGCUGCUUUGUCCAAGUUGUUGAGAUACUACUCCACCAAGUCUACCGAAGAACACACUUCUUUGUCUGACUACGUCACCAGAAUGCCAGAACACCAAAAGAACAUCUACUACAUCACUGGUGAAUCUAUCAAGGCUGUUGAAAAGUCUCCAUUCUUGGAUGCUUUGAAGGCUAAGAAGUUCGAAGUUUUGUUCUUGGUUGACCCAAUUGAUGAAUACGCCAUGACUCAAUUGAAGGAAUUCGAAGACAAGAAGUUGGUUGACAUUACCAAGGACUUCGAAUUGGAAGAAACUGAAGAAGAAAAGGCUCAAAGAGAAAAGGAAAUUGCCGAAUUUGAAGACUUGACCAAGGCUUUGAAGGAAAUCUUGGGUGACCAAGUUGAAAAGGUUGUUGUUUCCCACAAGUUGGUUGACGCCCCAGCUGCUAUCAGAACCGGUCAAUUCGGUUGGUCUGCUAACAUGGAAAGAAUCAUGAAGGCUCAAGCUUUGAGAGACACCACCAUGUCCUCUUACAUGUCCUCUAAGAAGACUUUUGAAAUCUCUCCAAAGUCUGCUAUCAUUAGAGAAUUGAAGAAGAAGGUUGAAGCCGAUGGUGCUGAAGACAAGACCGUCAAGGACUUGACCACCUUGUUGUACGAAACUGCUUUGUUGACCUCUGGUUUCUCCUUGGAAGAACCAUCUUCUUUCGCUGGUAGAAUUAACAGAUUGAUUUCUUUGGGUUUGAACAUUGACGAAGAUGAAGAAGAAGAAGCUGAAGCUGAAAUUGGUACUUCUACCGAAACCACUGAACCAGCUGUUGAAUCUGCUAUGGAAGAAGUUGAUUAAAUGAAUAACGUAUUAGAUGGAACUUGUUUAUAUUAUAAUAAAGAGCCUGUAUGACCUGAGAAGGUGGUAGAGGUUUUCACUAUGAAAGAAAA